AUGCAGGCUCAGGCGCAAAAGCAGCGGGCUACAGCCGUAACAUCACGGUCUACCGAUUCGAUGGUAUUGCUGUCAACAAAUGCGCGCAGCAAAAGUUCUCGAGAGCUCCCGUACACGCAGCUUUCAGUUACUCUCGACAGCAAUCAAAACUACAAGAAAUACGAGCCGACAGCAUUAAACUCAUCUAAAAAUGGUUACCGUCGAAAUUCACUUGUUAUUUUGGAUUCAUCGACGAUUAUACCGAACUAUUAUAGUAUACGCGAAGAAGUAAGGCGCGAACUGAAGCUCAGCAAACAG